AUGGCUCCCGACUACCGCCCACACUUCCCAACCUAUCUCCUCCCUUCGUUGCCCUUCCACUUCCGUGGGCGGCAGUCUUCAACGACAAGCACGGCCUCGACCAUUUCAGAGCCAGUACCGUCCCUGAGCUCCUCGCCCACUUCCUCUCCUUCCACCAGUCCGGGUUCUUCCCCUCCUUCUGGCUAUUAUAUCCAGCAGAGGGGGCCAGUUCCCAUCUCCAAAGAGCAAGAUGCGGGGCCCACACUACACCGUUCGGCACCGAACACACUAAAAUGCAUAACCUGCUCUGCAGAUAUAGCAUUUGCCUCACAGAUCGUGAGCAAGGGGUUUACAGGUCGCCAAGGGCGUGCCUACCUGGUUGCACCACCACCAUCCUCCCUUCGCCCUCUCGGCACGUCCGCGAAACACAAGAGGGAUCGUACAGAGUUGAUAAAUACCAGAAUCGGCAGGGCGGUAAAUAGAGACUUGUUGACGGGCGCCCAUGUUGUGGCGGAUGUCAGCUGCUCCAUCUGCAGUACCAUUCUUGGGUGGAAGUAUGUCGAUGCGAAGGAGGCAGCACAGAGGUAUAAGAUUGGGAAGUUUAUUUUGGAGAUGAAGAGGGUUGUGCCGGAGGUGAGAUGGGACGAUGAAGGACUUGAAGAAAGUAGUGGUGAGGGGUUACAAAUUGAGUACGUGGUAGAGGAUAUAGAGGAUGAUACUAUUGUGUUCGAUAGUGACGAUGAGGACGAAUGUGAGGAUUUGUUUGCCGGGCAGUGGGAUGCCGCUACUGUGGCUAAGAGGAGAAGCCGGAGGAUUACAAUCAGGAAGAAGACGCUCGAGGUUUAA